AUGCCAACCUUUCCUACAGAAGUCUUCGAACACAUCAUCAGCUUCGUUUGGCCUGACAGACGAACAUUGAUUGCUUGCUCUCUGACCUGCCGAGCCUGGCUACCGCGGAGCAGGAGCAACCUGCUAUACAGCAUCGACCUGCAAACCGCGAAGGAGCUCCGUCGCUUCUCGCGCCUCAUUACCGCACAGCCACAGCUCAAUGAUCGAAUUCGGGAGCUAAACAUUGAGUCGAAGGACGGGAAGCUCGCCGGGUGCUUCCCCUUGAUGCUUGCGCGGAAACUCACACGCGUCGAACAUCUACGCGUAUAUCGACCAAAAGACCUGAGGAUAUUCAGCCAACUCUUCCUCACCACGAUGGCGGCAUUUACAACCAUCACCAGGCUUGAACUCACGGCGAUCAUGUUCCCAUCGAUAACAGUGUUCGUGUGCUUUGUCUCAUCUCUACCUAAUCUGACUGACCUCAUCUGCGCGAGUGUGAGAUGGUCCAACGAGGCCUCGAACUUGCCGCAAUAUGCCCAUCCAGGGCGACGACUGAAGCUACGCCUUAUCGCCUUCUCUUUCCCGAUGUGGUCGACCGACUUCGUUGCUUGCCUGCUCACGAUCAUUUCCCUUGACGACUUUUACAGCCUCAAUCUGCGCAAGGUAUACUUGAAAGAUAUGGCUUUCAUCAAUCAAUUACUAGAAGCCGUUGGGCCAUCUCUUCGCCAGCUUGCAAUAGGAUAUGAGGCUGUCGAAGUGGAAGAUGCACAAAAACUGAAUCUAGCUUUGACUGAUCAGCUCGAGUACAUACAUUUGGAAUUCCGUGCGAAAGGAGACUGGAUCUACGAUGCCCUCUCGGAGGUCGCGCCCACUCGCGUCCGUCAGGUGACGAUCUGCUCUUGUGGCAAGUUCGGGCAAGCAGAGCUGGAUCGGCUGCUUUGCGACCGCAUAGACAAGUUAUUGUCUCAGCCAAAAUGGGCCAGCCUGCGACAUGUCGUGAUCGCAUACUUUCCACACGUCCCGCCGAAGGCCUCGAACUGGCUGCGUUCUGAGAUACCGCGACGGUUUCCCACUCUAUGGCCUCGAGCGUUGGUGCGAGUUGAGCAAGCGCGUGGUCACUGGUGGAAGUUAGAUCCUGUACAAGAAGGAUAAACACAAUAUCGACCACGAUGCACCACUGUCGGAGUCACCGAGCGGGCAUGGGGCCGCGCAAGGAUUUCACGCAUUUUCCCUGAAUGAGGAGCGGGGUAGGCCACGGGCGGUCUAUAGAUGAGUUGUGAAUACAAGACUUGAGAUGUCUCCGCGACAAAUGGAAUAGGAUGUCAAGAAGC